AAUCCUAGCCCACCGUUGCCCUAGCUUCGACGAUCCGGCGACGCCCCCCUCCUCUCGGCUCUCGCUCCUUCCCCACCCACGAACCCUCCUGGAGGGGCAAAAAAGGGGUUCGAAUUUGCUCCUGAUCCAAGCGCCAGGCUCCUAGAUUCCGCCUCCCAAAUCAUCUUCCCGAUCCGAUCUGCCAGUUCCCCUUCGAUCCCGCUUCCCCCAGCCGAUUCCUGAGAAGAUCUGAGUCCUCCCCGCGACCAUGGAUCCGCGCGCCAGGUACCCUCCGGGCAUGGGCAACGGCCGCGGCGGGAACCCCAACUACUACGGCCGCGGCCCGCCGCCGCAACAGCCGCAACAGCCGCACCACCAGCACCAGCAGACGUCGGGGGCGCACCACCACCAGCAGUACGCGCAGAGGCAGCAGCAGCAGCAUCACCACCACAACUACAAUCACCAGCAGCAGCACCACAAUCACCACCAGCAACAGCAGCAGCAGCAGUGGCUGAGGCGGAACCAGAUCGCCCGCGAGGCCGCUGGCGCGGCCGGUACCAGCGAGCCGAAGGCCCUGGCGCCAUCCACGGCCGCCGAUGGCGUGGAUUCUAGUUCGCAAGAUUGGAAAGCCCAAUUGAAGCUGCCGCCUCAAGAUACACGCUACAGGACAGAGGAUGUUACAGCCACUAAGGGAAAUGAGUUUGAAGACUACUUUCUCAAGCGUGAACUCCUGAUGGGGAUAUACGAGAAGGGAUUUGAAAGACCCUCUCCUAUCCAAGAGGAAAGCAUUCCUAUUGCUUUAACUGGUAGUGACAUUCUUGCAAGAGCGAAGAAUGGAACUGGCAAGACUGCUGCAUUUUGUAUUCCUGCACUGGAAAAGAUUGAUCAAGAUAAAAAUGCUAUUCAAGUUGUUAUAUUGGUUCCCACAAGGGAAUUGGCUCUACAGACAUCGCAAGUUUGCAAGGAGCUUGGUAAGCAUUUGAAGAUCCAAGUUAUGGUUACCACCGGUGGGACCAGCUUGAAGGAUGAUAUUGUUCGUCUGUACCAACCUGUACAUUUACUUGUUGGAACACCUGGGCGUAUUUUGGAUCUUACAAAGAAAGGUAUUUGCAUUUUGAAGGACUGUUCAAUGCUUAUUAUGGAUGAGGCAGACAAGCUUCUCUCUCCUGAGUUUCAACCUUCUGUGGAACAGUUGAUUCGCUACCUCCCUGCUAGCCGACAGAUUUUGAUGUUUUCAGCAACAUUCCCUGUGACUGUUAAGGAGUUCAAGGACAAAUAUCUGCCUAAACCUUACGUGAUUAACCUUAUGGAUGAACUUACACUGAAGGGAAUUACACAGUUCUACGCGUUUGUUGAAGAAAGACAGAAAGUUCACUGUCUUAACACCCUCUUUUCCAAGCUUCAAAUCAACCAGUCAAUAAUAUUCUGUAACUCUGUAAAUCGUGUCGAACUAUUGGCGAAGAAGAUCACAGAGCUUGGUUAUUCUUGCUUCUAUAUUCACGCAAAGAUGCUGCAAGACCACCGUAAUAGAGUUUUCCAUGAUUUCCGUAACGGGGCAUGCAGGAACCUUGUUUGUACUGAUCUUUUUACAAGGGGAAUUGAUAUUCAAGCUGUCAAUGUCGUUGUCAAUUUUGAUUUCCCCAAGAACUCUGAAACCUAUCUCCACAGGGUUGGUAGAUCUGGGAGAUUUGGUCACCUUGGUCUGGCUGUGAAUUUGAUCACCUAUGAGGAUCGGUUUAACCUGUAUAGGAUUGAACAAGAGCUUGGGACUGAAAUAAAACCAAUUCCUCCUCAGAUAGACCAGGCUAUAUAUUGCCAAUAAUCUGACAAAGUUUCCACCUUCAUUCAUUUCUCCAGGAGUAAUAAGGAGACAACUUUUGUAAAUACCAGCUCAUCAGAUUUUAUGGUGUGAAUUCCUGUGGCGCAUCGAGACAAUUUUAUGUUGGUGGAUGGCGUGAAACGAGGCAUCCAACUUUUCUGAAAACCUUGUUAUGCUGACACUAUUAUGGCUAUCUGAGGGCGAACGUCCUGCCACAUUUAGGCACAGAGUAGUGUAUAUUGCUAGGUGCCUGUUCCUAGGGCCGUCGUGGUCUAGUUUCUUUGUAUUUCUCUUAUUUUUCGUCAAUCUGUGUCUUUAGCUGUUUCUCACAGGACAUUUUAACCCUGUUGCUGGUUCUGGGCUUGUGGCCUGUGGGUGCAAGCGUGUUGCUCAAGUCCAACUUGGGGCAAUGUGCCGUUGAUGGGUAAUUGGGUGUGGCGAGUUGGCCAUUGAACUUGAGGUCUGAAGCCUGAAAGUAGUCGCCUUCAGGUGAGGGUCGUGAAGUGGAAUACAAGUUUGGAAAUAAUAUGUGGUACGCUGCAUCAUGCAUGCAGUCUUUCCCUUGCAGCCAUGCCAUUUGGCUUGGUGCCAUGGUCGUCAUUUAGAUUCUGCCGGCCUUUAUUGAGCAUGUAAUUGUUGGAUAAAACGUUCUUCACUUGUCUUGUGCUGAAUUGAUGUGUCAAGCACAAGCAACUUGUCCUGGUUGUGGGUACUAAACUGUGGUACGCUGCAUCAUGCAUGUUUCUUGACGUUACUAUCAUAAUAAGAUACUUCGGUAUUCCCCGUUGCUUUUGGA